AUUAAACCACCUGAGGGUUUAGAGUCAAAUUCUUGACGCAUUUCCCAUUGUUCUUGUGCUUUUUGGAUAUCCUAUCACCAGAGUUAGCAAAAGAAUCCCCAACAACCAUGAUGAUAACAGUAGAUGAAGCACUGAAAAUUGUAUUGGGAGUAACUCCAAUUCUGGAUUCCGUUACUGUCCCACUUCACCAAGCUCAUGGCAGAAUCUUAGCCCAAGAUAUUCAAGCUCCUGAUCCUCUUCCUCCUUACCCUGCAUCCAUUAAGGACGGUUAUGCAGUGGUUUCUGCAGAUGGUCCGGGGGAAUACCAUGUAAUUACUGAAUCGAGGGCCGGAAAUGAUGCUGUUGAUGUGACUAUCACUCCUGGAACUGUUGCCUAUGUGACUACUGGAGGACCUAUUCCUGAUGGGGCUGAUGCGGUAGUUCAGGUGGAAGAUACAGAGCAAAUUGAAAUUGAACCUAGCCAACCUAAACGAGUGAGAAUAUUGGUGCAAACUCGGCCUGGUUUUGAUAUUCGUCCAGUGGGCUGUGACAUUGAGAAAGGUGAUGUGGUGUUGAAGUGUGGUCAACUUGUUGGUGCUUCUGAAAUUGGAUUGCUUGCCACUGUGGGUGUCACAAUGGUAAAGGUAUAUCGUACUCCAACAAUCGGUGUGCUCUCAACUGGUGAUGAACUAGUGGAGCCAACAACCAAACAUCUUGGUCGUGGUCAGAUUAGGGACUCCAAUCGUGCUAUGCUACUAGCAGCGGCAGUUCAACAGAGCUGUAAUGUUGUGGACCUAGGCAUUGCUCGUGAUGAUGUAGAAGAACUUGAAAAAAUCAUGGACAGAGCGUUUUCUGCUGGAGUUGACAUAAUUUUAACUUCUGGUGGUGUUUCUAUGGGAGACCGAGAUUAUGUGAAGCCAUUGCUUGAGAGGAGAGGAAAAGUGCAUUUCAGCAAGGUUCUCAUGAAACCAGGAAAACCUCUAACAUUUGCUGAGAUCAAUAUGAAGUCAACUCAAGAUGUGAAUGUCAAUAAAGUUCUUGCCUUUGGGUUACCUGGAAAUCCAGUGGGCUGUUUAGUUUGUUUCCAUCUUUUUGUUGUGCCUGUUAUUCGCCGUCUUUCUGGAUGGAGAAACUCCGACCUUUUGAGGGUUCAUGCCCGUCUUGAGAAGCCUAUUAAAACAGAUUCUGCCCGACCUGAAUUUCACCGUGCCACUCUUAUCUGGAAGGAAAAUGAUGGAUCUGGCAAUCCUGGUUUUGUUGCUGAGAGCACUGGUCAGCAGACAAGCAGUCGUCUUUUGAGUAUGAAGUCUGCAAAUGCAUUGUUAGAGCUUCCAGCUGGAGGUGCCUUGCUUCCUGCCGGAACAUCUGUGCCUGCCAUUGUUAUUUCUGAUUUACUCAGUUCUUCUGUGAAAAAGGAUUCAUUAUUGCAAAGGUCACCCAGCGAAACUGCUGCAAGCAACCUUUGGGAUCCUGCAGUUCUAGUCCAAGUUGCUAUUCUGACAGUUAGUGAUACUGUUGCAUCAGGGUCUGGGCCUGAUCGUAGUGGUCCAAGAGCCAUUUCUGUGGUAAAUGCUUCCUCAGAAAGGCUAGGAGGAGCAAAGGUAGUUUCAACUGCUGUUGUUCCGGAUGAUGUACCCAAAAUUAAGGAUGUUUUGCAGAGAUGGUGUGAUGUCGAUAAAGUGGAUCUAAUUAUCACUCUAGGUGGCACUGGGUUCACCCCAAGAGAUGUUACUCCCGAAGCAACAAAAGAAGUAAUUGAGAAAGAAACACCCGGUCUUCUGUAUGUCAUGAUGCAAGAGAGUCUUAAGGUGACGCCAUUUGCCAUGCUCUCACGUUCAGCUGCUGGAAUAAGAGGAUCUACUCUGAUUAUCAACAUGCCAGGGAAUCCAAAUGCUGUGGCUGAAUGCAUGGAAGCGCUGUUGCCUGCACUGAAACAUGGUUUAAAACAAAUAAAAGGAGAUAAGAAAGAGAAACACCCGCGUCAUGUACCUCAUGCUGAGGCUGCACCUGUGGAUAUCUGGGAACAGAGCUACCAAAAGGCUACUUCCGGUACUCAACAGGAUCGUGGCUGCUCAUGUUCGCACUAACAUCAUGACAUCUUCAACAGGCAUGUAAUCACGACCUCAUAUACUCUUUUAUGUUCACUAAUAUAUCCUAUUUUUCAUUUCUUGAUAUUAGUAUAAGGUUAUAUGUUGAAUUUGAAGUUUUAGUGUUUCUCAAAAAUAAUGCUCUUAUAUAUUUCUUCUAUGAAUAUCUGGCAUGUCAAACAAACUCCGUUAUGACAUUGAAUAAACAACCUCUAUUUAUAUCUAUGAAUUGAAUUAUUACAUGAAUUGUCGUUAUGAUUGAAUGAAUAUAUUCAAAACAAUGUGAAUCCUGUUAGCAUAUUGAUCCUCCUUUGCAUUUUAGAGCUCCAGCUGAUCUUGUUAGUUUCCUCACAAUUGUACCACUUGCCACUUGAAACGCCUCAUCAACGCUGUAGUUUGGCUUUACAAAGCCUUCAACGCUUUCCUUGAAAGAGGCUCCAUUCUCUAGUACAUCCCCAACAGAUCUAAAAAACCAUUUUCCUUUUCCCUUGAUGUUCAUUAUGACCUGUUGAAGUACAGAAAUGAUGAACAUGAACGUUUUUUGUCUAAUCAUUUAAAACUAGUUGAUCCUAAAGAUAGUAGAUCUUGUUUUAGAUCGUCUUUUUGUAAAACUAAAGGGUUUGUGAGGUCUAUAACGCGGUAUUUGUUAGAAAUUAUGAAAAAGUUGCCUCAACUUUAGCUAUGGUCAUUAUUUUUGUGCUAUUUCUAAGAUUUGUAUUCCUGUCUUUAGAUGGAAAUGAUAGGUUAAAUGUCUUUAUAGAUGACAAACAUGACUUGAACAUUACAUAGUACCUAUGAUAAGGUUGUCCAAUUUUCUAGUAGCUUAUAAAGUACUCCCUUCGUCCCUUUUGAUCUGCACCUCUUAAUAGAGGUUUAAAUAUUUUAUUUGUAAUUGGUGAAUGAAACAAAUAACAAGUUGGAGAAAUAUGUUAAUGAGAUUAAGAUAGAGGAUGAAUUUGUGGACGAGAUAAAAAGAGAAUUGUGGGGUCCAUUUCCAAAAGAGGAAAUCGUGCCAAGUAAAUGAGACAACUCCAAAUAGAAAUUAAGUAGAAAUUAAACGGGACCGAGGGAGUAAUUUUAUACUUUAGUGGAGCAUACAAAAAUUUUACCUCUUUUGAUUUACCCUUGGGGGCAACAAAUAGGUUAUGAUCACUCUUGAUACUAGGGUUUGAGCUUCCUCCAAUGGCAUAAACUUCCCAUCCUAAGUAUAAAUUGUUAGCCACAUGAGCAUAACCGUGACGAACUCUGCAAAACCGUAAAUCACAUUUAAUCUUGUUGAAAUAGGUGAACGGAAAGACACCCCCAUGUAAAACAUUUCGUAAGAGACCAAGAGAAAUGAAAAUGCAGCAAGUUGAAGCAAGACCUAGGCAUGCGUUGGUGGCAAUUGGGUCCGAAGCGGUUGUAGACGACGGUAACCUUCAUGUUCUUAUCAUCUACGUAAUCAUCAUUGUGACCUAGAAGCAUGACUUUGUCAUGGUCACGGAACCAGUUGUUCGAUAUGGUUAUGCUGGUUGAGCCAAGGGUUACAUCAAUCAGACCAUCCUCACACUUGGAGAGGGUAUUGUGAUCGAUCCAUACUUUUUUCGCACUGAGCAGCCUGAUGGCAUCUCCGUCAAUCUGGCUCAAAGAAGUUAGCUUUCCGCCAGGUGCCAUUAGUUGGCUGGCUGGUUGGGGUACAACGCCGUGGAUUCUUAAGCCAUGGAUGAUGACAUCAGUAACCUAUGAAUAUCAUUGAGACAAAAAAUGAUUAGGAAAUAUAUUUUUGUAUGGAAAAUGUCAUUUUUGAGACCCAAAUUAAAGUGUAUUCAUACAUUGUAGAGCA